CAUUAUGAUUGUUUCAUAAUCGCUUCCGGUUCUGGGAGAAAUCGAAUGGAGAAAGUCACAAAUCCGGAAGCCUCCGCCGGAGGAAAGAAGCGUCGGCUAGAGGAGGAUGAAGUUGGUUGCAGUCACGUUGCAAAUGGAGAUCAAAGUUUCUCUCUCCAGGAUGAACUUACCUUUAGCGAUACUUCUGUGGCGCUUCGGAUGAUGCGGUCUCAGUUUCCUCGCAUUGACCAGGCUUCGGUCCCGCCAUUCAUAUUACAGUCGCAAUUGUACAGUAGCGUCAACGAUAGAACGCAGGUCGAUAGAGAACUUGAGCUUCUACGAAGGGAUAAAAUUGUUCGUGUUUUCAAACUCAACACUGGACAAGAUGAUCAUGCAAUCAUCUUUCUGGAUGACUAUCUUAACCAGGUUGAUCGAAUAGCAAAGAGGAUGGAAGAUAAGAAUCAGAGUGAUACUGCAACUAUUUUCAAGUGGUUCAAAGAACAUGUCCUUGAUUCUAAAAUUGAGCCCAAUAUUUCACAUCAUGAGCUUUGUACGCUCUUGUCAUUGGGGGUAAAGGUGAAGGAUGCGCACAUCACUCUCUUAAUCAACGCUGGCCUUCUCACACGCCAACUUAUUGAUCCAGACAUGUACUGGUUUACCAUUCCCAGUAUUGGCAAACUGUUGAAGGCUCUGCGGCAGGGAAGGAAGGAGCUACUCUCGUUGCUAAAGCGCAAGCGUCACAAAGAGAUGUUCUUGGCCCAGCUUGAAAAGAAACGACUCCGCUACUCUCCUCUUGAUAUGAGAUUUCACAUUCGAGAUCUCAUUGGCUCCCGUCACCUCAAAACUUUCCAAACCACUUCUGGUCUGCUUCUUCGCCUUUCAACCGACUAACAACCCCCUUUUCUCAUAUACACAACACAUCCACUUAAUGUUGUCAAUUCAUCCGAUUUAGCUCAUCUUGUUAAGUGAAUAUAUUUGUUCAAAAGGAGAAUGGGUUUUUCAUAAAGAGAAACCACCAAAUCGAGCUAAAUCCAUACACGAUUGUUAAAAUUGAAAUUGGCUCCUUUUUUAUACACGCAAUUUAAUUACUAGUAGUUGUGAAGCCUUGCUUA